AUUGGGUCUUCUUGUCGGGUAGCUUCAGGGAGCCCAGGAGGGUACAGUUACAGAGAGGAUCUUUCAUAAUGUAAAUAGGAUCCAUUUCCCAUCCAUUGAUCUGAAUUGGACUCAUUGAUUUCAGUGUGUGACCAUCCGAUGCUUGCAUGGUGGAGUCUUCAUCAUCCUCUCACUCUGCCUCUCGCCACUCUGCUGCUGCAUGAGGAGCUGAAGCCUCUCUAGAAUAAAAACCACCGCUAUGAGACGAAUAACGGGAAAGGCGAAGGAGGAAACUUUGAUCGAGCUGCAGAGCGUCACGGAUUCACAGACUGGAGAUGGUCUUGCAGUGUUGACCGCAUUCAGGAUAAACCUGCACUCAGAUGAAAAUGGUGGAGAUUUAUUAUCUGAAAGAGUGACACUGCCUGGACAUACAGAGACCGAGAAGCUCCAACCAAACAAUGACACCGUGUUCUUCAGGGACGGAGUUCGGAGGAUAGACUUUGUGUUGUCUUACGUAGACGACAAAGAUGGAGAGAAGAAACAGGAAAGGAGGAGGGAGUUUGAGGCCAACCUUGUGAAAGUAGGACUGGAGCUGGAGACAGAGGACAAAUCAGACUCCAAAGACCAAAAGACGUAUUUCUUGAAGAUCCACGCUCCGUGGAAUGUGCUGGCCACAUAUGCUGAGAUCCUAAAGAUCAAAGUUCCCUUCAAGCUGAGUGACAUCCCUCGCGCUCCGGAUGCCCCUCUGGAGUUGCUCACACAUCCGUUCCGCCUGCCAGAGCACAUCAUGCAUCCACAAGCUGACUACUUCACCUACCCCUUCGACAAGAACAAGACCGACUUCUUCCUCAUCACUGACAAGGACACUUUCUUCCCGCCUUCCACAAGAAACAGAAUCGUGUACUACAUCCUGACUCGCUGCCCGUACUACAAAGAGGAUCGGAAAGAAAGAGACAAGACGGGAAUCAAGCGACUAAUCAGCAACGGGACGUAUACAGCAGCCUUUCCACUGCAUGACUGUCGAUACUGGAAAAGGGCCAGAAAUGCUGAAUGUGAGAGUGAUCGCUACAACUUGUACAAGCACUGGGCCAGGUUCUUCUGCUUUUACAAAGAGCAGCCCCUCAACCUCAUCAGGAAGUACUAUGGGGAGAAGAUUGGGAUCUACUUCGCCUGGCUGGGCUUCUACACAGAGAUGCUGUUCUUUGCAGCCGUCAUGGGCCUUAUAUGUUUCAUCUAUGGGGUGCUCAGCUAUGAUGACAACACGUCAAGCCAUGAAAUAUGUGACCCCGCUAUUGGAGGCAGGAUUUUGAUGUGUCCACUUUGUGAUAAAAAGUGCCCUUUCUGGAAGCUCAACUCUACGUGUCUCUCAUCCUGGCAAUCCCAUCUGUUUGAUAAUGAGGGAACCGUGUUCUUUGCCAUAUUUAUGGGGAUUUGGGUAACUCUGUUUUUGGAGUUCUGGAAACGGCGUCAGGCCCGGCUGGAGUACGAGUGGGAUUUGGUGGACUUUGAAGAGGAACAGCAGCAGCUUCAAAUCCGGCCCGAGUUUGAGAUCCGAUGCACCCACAAGAGACUCAACCUGAUCACUCAGGACAUGGAGCCAUAUCUCCCCGCCACCAGCAAGUGUGCUCGCUUCUGCCUCUCGACUGCCACUGUUAUAUUCUGGAUUUCACUGAUCGUGGCCUGUAUCAUCGGGGUCAUAGUGUACAGGCUGGCCGUGCAUGCUGCCUUUGCGAGUAUAAUUAAAGACCCUAUGAGGAAGAUCCAGGUGGUGGGCAGGUUCAUCACUCCACAGCUGGCGACGUCUGUCACCGCCUCCUGCAUCAACUUUGUCAUCAUCAUGAUCCUCAAUUUCUUCUAUGAGAGGGUGGCCGUCUGGAUCACUGACAUGGAAAUCCCAAAGACCCACCUGGAGUAUGAGAACAGGUUGACAAUGAAGAUGUUCCUCUUCCAGUUUGUCAACUACUACUCGUCGUGCUUCUACGUGGCCUUCUUCAAAGGCAAGUUCGUGGGUUUUCCUGGCGACUACUCAUACAUGUUUGGCAAAUGGAGCAAACUGAGGAAUGAGGAGUGCGACCCUGGAGGCUGUCUGAUUGAGCUCACCACACAGCUGGUGAUUGUGAUGUCAGGAAAACAACUGUGGGGGAACAUUCAGGAAGCUCUGCUGCCGUUGAUGCGUAACUGGUGGAGCAGCAGAAAGGGCCGGCACCAUCCUGAGAACCAUAACAGCCGCUGGGAGCAGGACCAUGUCCUGCUGAACUUCACCCAGCUGGGGUUGUUUUAUGAGUACCUGGAGAUGGUGGUCCAGUUUGGUUUCAUCACGUUGUUUGUGGCCUCUUUCCCCUUGGCUCCGCUCCUGGCUCUGUUCAACAACAUCCUGGAGAUCAGGGUGGAUGCCUGGAAGUUCACCACCCAGUUCAGACGACCGGUGGCGUCCAAGGCCCGAAACAUCGGAGCGUGGCAGGAAAUCCUCAACGCAGUGGCAAUUUUGUCUGUUGUUACCAACGCUUUCAUAAUGGCGUUCACCUCAGACAUGAUCCCCCGUAUGGUCUUCCUGUAUGCGUACGGUAAAGACGCCAGCAUGACGGGCUACGUCGACAACAGCCUGUCAUUAUACAACAUCUCUCAGAUACUUGAGGAACACAUGCCCGAGGAACGAGACUACUGGUUUGCUAACUCCACUACCACCUGCAGAUACCGUGAUUACCGUUACCCUCCAGGCCACCAGAAGGAGUACACUCACACCAUGCAGUUCUGGCACAUCCUGGCAGCCAAAAUGGCCUUCAUUAUCAUCAUGGAACAUGUGGUCUUUGUGGUGAAGUUCUUCGUGGCGUGGAUGAUCCCAGACGUCCCGUCAGGCGUGAAGGCUCGGUUCAAACGAGAACGCUAUCUGAUUCAAGAGGACCUGCAUAAAUACGAGGUGGAGAAGGUCAAACUCCAGAUGAGCGCCAGUUUCAUCACAGAGCCGCCGUCUGAAACGUCGCCGAUGACAGACAAGCAUGAAGUGUUGUCCGAGUGCUAGCCUCCUGCUUCGAGGCAAGAAUGGACAUGUCCACAUACAAGGGCUCCUGUCUUUGGGAUAAAAACACUAUUAUCUUUUAUUGCUGAAUGGACUCCUAUAUUAGGAUCUGUGUGGAGGCAUCAGAAAAAAAAAAAAAUGCAACAUUUCACUUUGCUUAAAAUGAGCUUCAUGAGUGGAUGAAUCUAUUCCUGUGCCAUAUAAAAGACAGUUGGAAAAUAACAGCAAAGAGCAAAAAGAUUGUAACUGCAGCUUGUAUCAUUCCCCGUGUAAUGCCUUCAAACUCUCCGUUUGUCAUGACUGAAAAAUAUCUCUGUAUAGAGUUCAAGUUAGUGGUGUUGAAUAUGUGACAUUAGGUGUAAUUACCCUUUAAAGAUAUCAUUAAUUAAAUGUUCUGCAUGUGUGAUUGUUCUGAUGAGAAUAGAAGAUGAAGGACUGGACUGUUUAGAAAAGAAGGUCAAUGUUUAUGGUUAAAAAUAUCAUAUCAUUUUAGGGAUAUAUCUUAUACAACACAUCAUUUUUAUGUCAUUAACUAUUAAUGUGAACUUUAUACUAAAUUGGUAGCAACACAAUGUUUAUUUCCCCUGAUCUAUAGCUGGGCUAUGAGAUUGUCAGUUCUGUUUUUUGAGUGUAUCAAGUUCAGGAAAAACUGUGCAUUUGAAAACCAAGUACCUCCACCAUGCUGCAGCCAUACUCUAACAAUCAGUACUAUGGUGAGACAGCAGCUGCAGGCUCAUGCAUCUCACCUUCCAGAUGUAUUUCCAACCUGCUACGGGACCAAUUAUACAAUUUUUACCAAGAGAAAUAGACUACACAAAGACAAAUGUUCUGUUUUAAUACAAUCAGUUUGUAUGCAUGUGAGUUUAGGUUGAAUGGCUAUAAAUAAAUGGGCUAUAUUUCUGUUUUCA